AUGGCUAGGUACUACAACAACGAUAAUAAGGUUGAGAGCUUCUUGUACAACUUGAAGAUCUUCCUCAUGCUCACUCCUGUCGUGCUUUUGCUUCUUGUACACUGGCUAUCUAGUGGUGAAAGGCCAUGGUUCUCGUCCAUGGUGCCGUUGCCUGAGAAAGAUUCAUUUCAUCGAGCCGGAGGGUCUCCAUGGGGUGUAGCCAUUGUGCUUGUUUUCCUUAUUUAUAUGGUGUCUCACCAGUCUUCUUUUCAUGAACGUUGGUUUCCGAUUAGCAGAAGAUGA